UUCUUCUCUCCCAUCCCCACAGGCCUCCCAGAAAAGAAUGGCUGCAGAAAAUUACUCCACAAUGACAGAGUUCAUUCUCGCAGGAUUAACAAACCGGCCAGACCUCCAGUUCCCCCUCUUCCUCCUCUUCCUUGUAUUGUACAUGGUCACCAUGGUGGGGAACCUGGGCAUGAUCACUCUGAUUUGCCUGAACUCUCAGCUCCAUACCCCCAUGUACUAUUUCCUCAGUAAUCUGUCAUUUGUGGAUCUCUGCUACUCUUCCGUCAUUACCCCUAAAAUGCUGGUCAACUUUGUCUCCAAGAAGAAUAUCAUCUCCUAUGCAGGGUGUAUGUCACAGCUCUAUUUCUUCCUUGUUUUUGUCAUAGCUGAGUGUUACAUGCUGACGGUGAUGGCCUAUGACCGCUAUGUCGCCAUCUGUCACCCUUUGCUUUACAACGUCAUCAUGUCUCAUCCUGUCUGCUCCAUGCUGGUAGCUAUGAUCUACACCAUGGGACUUAUUGGUUCAACAAUAGAGACUGGUCUCAUGUUAAAACUGCCCUAUUGUGAGUUCCUCAUCAAUCACUACUUCUGUGACAUCCUCCCUCUCAUGAAGCUCUCCUGCUCUAGCACCUAUGAUGUUGAAAUGGCAGUCUUCUUUUUGGCUGGAUUUAACAUUAUAGUCACCAGCAUAACAGUCCUUGUCUCUUAUGCCUUCAUCCUUUCCAGCAUCCUCCGCAUCAGCACCAUAGAGGGCAGGUCCAAAGCCUUCAGCACCUGCAGCUCCCACCUUGCCGCUGUGGGGAUGUUCUAUGGAUCGACUGCGUUCAUGUACUUGAAACCCUCCACCGUCAGUUCCCUGGCCCAGGAGAACGUGGCCUCUGUGUUCUACACCACGGUGAUCCCCAUGCUGAAUCCCCUAAUCUACAGCUUGAGGAACAAAGAGGUCAAAACUGUCGUACAGAAAAUGCUGAGGAAAAAACAGUUUUGA